AUGGAUGAACCUAGCCAACUGAAACGUGCUAUCAUUGAUUCAUCUGCUGGAGCAAUUUCUGGGGGAAUUUCUCGUACUGUAACAUCACCUCUUGAUGUUAUUAAGAUUAGAUUUCAGGUUCAACUUGAACCGACAUCUUCAUGGGCUUUACUGCGCAAAGAUUUGGUUAUUACCGCACCGUCGAAGUAUACUGGUAUGCUUCAAGCUAGUAAAGAUAUUCUUAGAGAAGAAGGCUUUAAGGGUUUUUGGCGAGGGAAUGUACCGGCUUUGCUCAUGGUUAUGCCGUAUACAGCAAUUCAAUUUACAGUUUUACACAAGUUAAAGACUCUUGCAUCUGGUUCUUCCAAGACAGAGAACCACACUAAUUUGAGCCCUUAUCUAUCCUAUGUCAGUGGUGCCCUAGCUGGGUGUGCAGCUACUGUUGGUUCAUAUCCUUUUGAUCUUCUCCGAACCAUAUUAGCUUCUCAAGGCGAGCCAAAGGUGUAUCCAAACAUGAGGUCAGCAUUUAUGGACAUCAUCAAGACUCGUGGAUUUCAAGGCAUGUAUGCUGGGUUGUCUCCAACUUUAGUUGAGAUUGUACCUUAUGCAGGCCUACAAUUUGGAACAUAUGAUACUUUUAAGCGUUGGGCCGCGGUUUGGAACCAUAAUAGAUAUUCCCACACCACAGGAGAUGAUAGUGUUUCUAGCCUUCAGCUUUUCCUCUGUGGGUUGGCUGCUGGAACAUGUGCGAAACUUGUCUGUCAUCCUCUUGACGUGGUCAAGAAAAGAUUUCAGAUCGAAGGGCUUCAAAGACAUCCAAGAUACGGAGCUCGAGUAGAGCAUCGAGCAUACAGUAAUAUGUAUGAUGCCGUGCAUAGGAUAUUUCGGUCAGAGGGUUGGGCUGGACUAUACAAGGGGAUAAUUCCAUCAACUAUUAAAGCUGCACCUGCUGGUGCUGUGACAUUUGUUGCAUAUGAGUUGGUAUCAGAUUGGCUAGAGUCCUUGACUUGA